UUCUUUUUCCAGGUGCGCACAUAUAGACGGAAAAUUCUCUAAGGACUUAUGUGUAAAGCAAUGCUUGAAAAUUGAUGUAGAAGUGUAAUUUUCUUGAAGAUUUUUGUUUUUUAUCACUAUGGCCAACUAUUCUUCGUUGUUUGUAGAUUUAUACAAUACUGUUCUGGACAAAGAAAAGUGCCAAUGUAAUGUUAGCGACAACAAAAUCCAAAAUGCAAUAAGAAACUUAAAAGAUGCUUACAUGCCAAAUCACUCGUGGGAAUCGUUGACAGAAACUUCUGUUAUUGCGAAUUACAAUGAUCCUGCCCAUCGCUGUGCUUAUUUACAUAAAUAUGCCAUGUGUUACACAGGCAUGGUGAGUACAUUGUUCGAAAUGGCCAUUAAUGUGAAUGCUGACAUAAGAGAGUACAUUGAUUCCAGAAAGUGUUUGAAUGUGUGCAGUUUAGGUGGAGGACCUGGAACAGAUAUAAUAGGAAUUUUAACUGUUAUUUGUCGCUUCGGGAAUUUCCCGGCUUUCAUGACUGUUGUUGAUUAUGCAAGUGAAUGGCAGAUAACAUUUAAGAAUAUCAUAAAAGAAAUAAAAUCAUCAUUUCCUGAACACGUUCGAAUGAUGGUAUCAUCUAAUUAUUUCAAAUAUCAGUACUUAAAUGGUGAUUUACUAUCACAGGUGACAACGAAUUCAAACAUUCGUAAUGCAGUGAUGUCAGCCGAUAUUGUUACAAUGGUAAAGUUUAUUUCUGCGGCGGCAUGCGACAAGACUAGGAAGAUGGUUAAGGAUAUAUUUGGAUGCAUGAAACCUGGAGCUCUCUUAAUAUUCAUUGACAAUGCCUCUGGAGGUUUUCAUGAAAUGAUUUCGCAAGUUGCAUCUGAAUGCAACAUGCAACUUGCGUUUGGUCCUCUUCUCCACUAUGACUAUGAGGAUGCGCGUUUCAGCCGCACUCGAUUUGGUUAUACAAGUCAAAGCAAAACAAAAAUAACUUUUUACGUUUGGAAGAAACCAACUGAUACUACACAGCUAUUGAAAAACGAAUACUAUGCUUAUAACCAGCAAUCUGUGGAUAUUCCUGAUUUCGUAUCUUUUAAAGCGAAUUAUGAUCCAGAAAGUCAGAGAAUUUCAUCCAAUUACAAAGAAACACAGUGUGGAAGCUGUUGUUUAAUUUAACUUCAUUUAAGUCUUAUUUUGUUUUAUCUCUCACUUUAUUUAAAUCUUGCUCUUUGAUUUUAUUUAUGCCUUCUUCUUUAAGUUAACUUCAUUUACUUAAUCUCGUUUAUUUAAUCAUUUAUUUUAUCUUGUUCUUUAAAUUUAUUUUAUUGCUCUAUCAGGCAGAGAACGACAUUUUGUUGAUUAAAAUAAUGAAAACAUUUUUCGUUUGUAUAUUAUUAUUAUUAAAUUACUUUUUAAUUUCACUUGUUUUACAUUUAUUUACACAAUAAAUUUUUCAAAGGGUUAAAAUUUUAGCGGUCGCCAAAAAAGUUUAAUGUGGUGUAUGAGUAGCGAUUAUCAAUAGGAAUAUUUUAAUUGGAUGUAUUAUGAAUUAAAUGCAUUUUUAUUUAAAUAAAUCAGAUUACAAAUUUAAACAUAAUAUUCUUAAGAACUGCAUCUAUUGCUUAUGAGUAACGUUGUUUGUUAAUCCAUAGCAGACAGAUUGAAUUUGAAGGAUAAGUAUUUUACAUUUUGCCAAAUGGCAACAGACUUGAAUAAAAAGAAAAAGAAUGCAUUUACAUUUGGACAGCAUUUAAAGUGAAUUAAUGCAAAAUUGUGUUUUAAGACUAAUUACCCUUUUGGGCCAAUAAAAUGACUCAAAUAUUCUAUUUGUUUUAGCAUUCAUUUAAUGAAAGUUUCCUUAAUCCACAAAACUGGCUAAAUCUCAGGGGGGGGGUGGAAAUCUAAAAAGUUACAUAAAUAUUAAAAGUAAAAAUUUUAAAAUAUGCUGUUAAAUUAGACACAGCAAAAUACUGCAUACUGAUCUGAAACUUGCAGUAAUUUUAAAAGCAAACUAGUAUAUACUUCUACUAAAUUCCAUUUAAAAUAUUCUAUAAAAAAACUCGAGUAAAACAUUGAAUUAAAUGUUUAAAAUUAUUCACCUCAAAAUUCUAGCAUUUUUCAUUUGUUCCUUUAUUUUAUAUGUAAAAAAUUUUAAUUUUUGAACAAGUUUAUUUCACCAGUAAAUUACCUAAAAUUUCAAAUUUUUCACUCCACUUUAUUACUGUUAUUGUUGUUGAUCAUACCCAAAGAAAAGCAGGGCUAAAUCAGAUCCAUGACAUUGUGCACUCUAAAGAAAUCCAAAACCAACAAUGGAUUGUCAAUAAGAUCCUGCCUAGAGAGCCCCAGACAAGCAAGAAUAUGAUCAGGGAAGUCUGCUGAGAAGAACACUUGGUGCAGACCUCAAAACUCUUGGAAUUCUAAAAAAUGUCAAAGAUCUAAGAUGCCUACUGAGAAAGUGGGUGAAGCUGAUUUGAUCUUGCCUGUUGUAAUCAAGUGCCAGAAAGACACCUGACUGAUUUCUAUGAAACCAGAGGUGCAUCAAUUUGUAUUCUUGUUAAUAAAAUUAAGAAGUAAUUUCAUUUUA